AUGCCCAGAAGAACCAAAAAUACAUCUGUCUCUUCCAAAACAAAGUCUCUUGAAAAUAAAAUAGCCAAUUUAGAAGCCGAACAACUUCAACUGGUUGAUGUCUUACGAAGUAAUUAUAUAAUUUCAACUAAACUUUCUCGAAUGACGGCUGAGAGAAAUACCUUUAGAGUGAAAGUGGCAAACUUAGAAGACGAAGUAAUAGAAUUACGAAGAUGGAAAAGAGAAAAAGAAAGUGGAAAAAUAAUCAUUGAAUCUGUCAGUACUAAUCAAACUUUAACCACGCUUAUAUGA